CUGGAGGGGAGGACUCGGGAGCGCGACCAGCCGAGGGAUCGAUCGGAUUAAACUCGAUUUGAGUGAAAUUAACACAAAGGAGAGAAGAGCGACGCGCACUCAUCGGCGAGGUCGCAGGCGCGAGACACGCCGGAGAAAUAUUUCACGGAUAAGAAACUUGAACUUUUUUCUUCUUCUUCCUCCUGUUUAUUUAUAUUUCAAACGGGGGGAGAAAAAAAAAAGGACCACGGCGGAUUUUUUUUCUUCCUCGAACAAGCGGAGAUACUAACGAGGAGUUGAUUUGAUAAAAGCCGAAGUGACCGAGCUCGUUGGGAACCUACAUUAGGAUCAUGGAGUAGCAAGCUUCAAAUUAGCAGUUAGCUGAUUAGCUCCUCACUGCACAACACACCUCCCUACCAUCCAGUCCCCCCCCCACCCCCCAUCUGCGGGCCCCCCACCCAGCCAUGGCGGACCCCGGGAUGUUGAGUUUAUUCGGGGACGAUGCAGGGCUGUUCUCCGAUGAAUUGGAUGGUUUAGGGGACUGCUUUCCCCAGCAGCCGGCCUCCGCCCAGUCCAACCCUUUGGCCCAGGAGACGAAUCCCUCUCUGAACCACGAGCAGCAGGGAACCAGGAGCUACCACCAGGGGAUGAUCCACAGCACGGUGCCUGGUCCCGGGCAGCCUAAACUGGGGCAGAUCUACGACCACGGCCCCUACACGGGCUACGAUCAACCCGGGGCCCCCGGAGGACGAAUGAUUGCCCAGAACGGUCCCAGCCAGGGGCCGCCGAACGUGAACACGGCCAUGAAUGGUAUGGCUUCCCACUACCAUAACAACCCAGCUAACUCUAGCAACCCCCUCCACGGGUACCCGGGCGACGCGGGCGGAGGAGGAAGCGGGGGUGGCGUUUGGGGCCAGCAGCAGCAGCAAGCGCAGCAGACCAGAUCGGCUUAUCAGCAGCCUCCGGCACAACCGGGGGGCGGGCCCAACCAGAUGGGAGCCUACCAGAUGUCUCAAGGCAACUACGGUGGGAUGCAAGUCACGCCUACACCCAAUGCAGCUCGCAUGAACCAACUCUAUCCGUCGCAGAGCAUGGUGCCCCCUCCGGCUCAAGACCCGGCUCACUACCUGGGGCAUGUUGGAAUUGGUGGUGCUCAGAUGAGACACCCCCAGCCCCAGUCACAACCCCAGGGCUACCCCAACAUGGGCCCCACACCCCGAUACCCACACUCCCCCUCCCGACAGCCGCCGCACCAACAAGGCAUGGGAGGGUUUGGGGGCGCCCAGUACCCUGGCUACCAGGCCCAGUAUGGAGCCAUGGGACCUGGGAUGGGCCAGAGUGCCAACUCUAAUGUCAAUGCUAACACAAGCCAGGCCAUGGGACCAGCGCAGCUCGGCCAGAGGUUUAACCAGGCAUCAACCCCAGCCGCUGGGCCACAGGGGCAGCGAUACCCUCCUGGACCGGCGCACCAAGCCCAGCCCCUUCCGACCCAUUCUGCCCCGAUGCAGCAGGCGGGGAAGCAGGGCCAGCCUAUGCACCCUCAGAGUCUGCCCCAGACCCAGAACCAGCCCCAAUCCCAACUUGUCCCCCCAGCUCAGGGAACCUACCCCUCCCCCUCAUCCAUGUCCCCCAUGCGGGUUCUGGGAACCCCGACCCCUCCUCCCCAGCAGGGCAGACCCCCCAGUGCGGGGCUAGCUGGGGCCCCGGAGGUUGCAGGGUACACAGCCCUGCAGUCUCAGCCCAAUGCUCUGGCCCAGAGGCCUCCCCAAAUCCCUCUGUCUGCCCCACAACACCAGCAGCCCCCCAGUGCGGGGCAGAUGUACACCGGCCUGGGGCCACAGCGCGGUCCUCAAAUGGGGCCCAGCAGGCCUCAGCAAGGGCCUCUGGAAGCUCCCGCCUGCCAGGGGGGGGACCAGCGUCUGCUCCAGGCCCCGCAGCAGGGCCCCCGCAGCGGGCUUCCCAACCCCAUGGGUUUCCAGGGUCCGGUCGUCGGGCAGCACGGCGCCCCGCUCCAGGGCUUGGCGGCGCCCGCCCAGAGCGCUCCGGUGCAGCACGCGCACAUGUCCGCCCAGCCGCACCACCUGCAGAGCACGCCCCCUCCCCCCAACCAGGCCGCCCACCCCUGGGCGCCUCCCGCCUCCCACUCGCUCUCCUCACCCCCUCUCACCCCACAGAAAGUGCCUCACGUACAGCAUUCCCCCAUCGACCCGUCGGGCGACGCCUCAAUGAAGGUUCCUGACCGGCCGGCGGUCGGCGUCUGCUCCCCCGGCCAGCCUAUCAGCACAGAGCAGCCCGGCAACCAGGAGACCAAGCCAAAAAAGAAAAGGAAGAAGAAAGCAAAAGUGGCGAGCGGAGAGAAAGAAGAGGGAGGGAAGAACGCGGCAAGAGAAACGCCGGCGGCGGCCGGAGGCGCAGAGGAAGACGUGAAGUCUGAAUUUCCCGGCACAGGAAGUGAUGCGGGUGAGCGGGUGACUGGCAAAGGAACGGUAGAGGGAAGUUCACCACCGGUGGAGGAGAAGAAGAAGCGCAAAAAGAAACCAAAGGAGAAGGUGGAGGGCAAGGAGCCCAAGACCCCGAAGACACCCAAGACCCCCAAAGAGCCCAAGGAGAAGAAAACCAAGAGCUCCACGCCCAAGACCAAGACCCCCAAGAGAACCAGCAGUAAGAAGGUCGAGUCUGAGGGCGGAGCCAGCGCUGCUAAGAAGGAAUCCAAGAGGAAAAGAGAGCAGUCGAUCAGCGACGACGUGGAGGUGAAGUCUCCGCCCCCCUCGCCUCUCGAGGAGGACGACGAUGACGGCGUACAGAAGCGUCGCUCCAGCCGCCAGGUGAAGAGGAAAAGGUACACGGAGGAACUGGAGUUCCGGAUCUCGGACGACGACAACAACAGCGGAGACGACUCGCCGGCGCCCAAGUCCCCGUCGUCGUCACAGCAACAGGACAUGGUGGAGACAGAGGGGCCCGUCGUGGAGAAGAUCAUGAGCAAACGCAUCACCAAGAAACAGCUGGAGUCGGGGGAGGAUCUGGAGGUGGAGGAGUUCUACGUCAAGUUUAAGGGCUUUUCGUACCUGCACUGUCGCUGGGCAGACCUGGAGGAGCUGGAGAAGGACAAGAGGAUCCACCAGAAGGUCAAGAGGUUCCGGGCCAAGCAGCAACUCAACAGCUUCAUCACAGAGAUGGACGACGAGCCUUUUAACCCCGACUACGUGGAGGUGGACCGCGUCCUGGACAUUUCAGAGAGCCCAGACGAGAACGGAGAGACGGUGACCUUAUACCUGGUGAAAUGGUGCAGCCUGCCUUACGAAGACUCCACCUGGGAGCUGAAGGCCGACAUCAACCUGUCCAAGAUCGAGGAAUACGAACGCAUCGCAGCGCGCACACCCAACACUACGAAACUGGAUCGUCCAACUCCAGCCGACUGGAAGAAGCUGGAGGGCUCCGUUGGCUACAAGAAUGCCAACGCACUCAGGGAAUACCAGCUGGAAGGCCUCAACUGGCUCACCUUCAACUGGUACAACUCACGCAACUGUAUCCUGGCGGACGAGAUGGGUCUCGGCAAGACCAUCCAGUCGAUCACAUUCCUCCACGAGAUCUUCAUGAAGGGCAUGGAGGGGCCGUUCCUGGUCAUCGCGCCGCUCUCCACCAUCCCCAACUGGGAGAGGGAGUUCAGGACCUGGACCGAGCUCAACGCGGUGGUCUACCACGGCAGCCAGGCCAGCCGCAAGACCAUCCAGGCCUACGAGAUGUACUACAGAGACGCACAGGGUAAGAUAAUAAAGGGAGCGUACCGCUUCCACGCCUUGAUCACGACCUUCGAGAUGAUCCUCACCGACUGCCCGGAGCUGCGCAGCGUGCCGUGGCGCUGCGUGGUGAUCGACGAAGCCCACCGCCUCAAAAACCGCAACUGCAAACUACUGGAAGGACUGAAAAUGAUGGACAUGGAGCACAAGGUCCUGUUGACGGGGACUCCUCUACAGAACACCGUGGAGGAGCUCUUCAGCUUGCUCAACUUCCUGGAGCCCGAGCAGUUCCCAUCCGAGCCGACGUUCAUGACUGAAUUCGGAGACCUUAAGACUGAGGAACAGGUUCAAAAGCUGCAGGCCAUCCUGAAGCCCAUGAUGCUGAGGAGACUGAAGGAGGACGUGGAGAAGAACCUGGCCCCCAAGGAGGAGACCAUCAUCGAGGUGGAGCUGACCAACAUCCAGAAGAAGUACUACCGGGCCAUUCUGGAGAAGAACUUCUCCUUCCUGUCCAAAGGAGGCCCGGGAGGAGGAGGUGGUGGUAGCGGAGGGGGAGGACCCAACGUCCCCAACCUCCUCAACACCAUGAUGGAGCUGAGGAAGUGCUGCAACCACCCCUACCUCAUUAAUGGAGCGGAGGAGAAAAUCGCCGAGGAUUUCCGCGACGCCCACGGCGGCUGGGCGGACAUGCCGGACAUGGCCCUGCAGGCCAUGGUCCAGGCCGCCGGGAAGCUGGUGCUCAUCGAUAAGCUGCUGCCCAAGCUGAAGGCCGGCGGCCACCGGGUCCUGGUGUUCAGCCAGAUGGUCCGCUGCCUGGACAUCCUGGAGGACUACCUCAUCCAGAAACGGUAUCCCUACGAGCGGAUAGACGGCCGAGUUCGCGGCAACCUGCGGCAGGCGGCCAUCGACCGCUUCUCCAAGCCCGACUCGGACCGCUUCGUCUUCCUGCUGUGCACGCGGGCCGGAGGACUCGGCAUCAACCUGACGGCGGCGGACACCUGCAUCAUCUUCGACUCCGACUGGAACCCCCAAAACGACCUGCAGGCCCAGGCCAGGUGCCACCGCAUCGGCCAGUCCAAGUCGGUGAAGAUCUACCGCCUGAUCACCAGGAACAGCUACGAGAGGGAGAUGUUCGACAAGGCCAGCCUGAAGCUGGGCCUGGACAAGGCCGUCCUCCAGAGCAUGAGCGGGCGGGACAACGCCACCAGUGGGGCUCAGCCGUUGUCCAAGAAGGAGGUGGAGGACCUGCUGAGGAAGGGAGCGUACGGGGCUCUGAUGGACGAGGAGGACGAGGGCUCGAAAUUCUGCGAGGAAGACAUCGACCAGAUCCUAAAGAGACGAACCCACACCAUCACCAUCGAGUCCGAGAGCAAGGGCUCCACCUUCGCCAAGGCCAGCUUCGUCGCCACGGGAAACCGAACCGACAUUUCCCUGCAGGACCCGGACUUCUGGCAGAAAUGGGCCAAGAAAGCCGAGCUUGACCUGGACGCCAUCAACGGACGGAACACGCUGGUGAUCGACACGCCGAGGGUGAGGAAGCAAACGCGGCACUUCAGCAGCGCCAAGGAGGACGAGAUGUUGGAGUUCUCCGAGCUGGAGAGCGACGAGGACGAACCGAGCAAGCCCUCGUCCAAACCCCGGAGGCCCCAGGACAAAGCCCAGGGGUACCCCCGGUCCGAGUGCUUCAGGGUGGAGAAGAACCUGCUGGUCUACGGGUGGGGCAGGUGGAGCGACAUCCUGGCUCACGGGCGCUUCAAGCGGCCCCUGAAGGAGGCGGACGUGGAGACGAUCUGCCGGGCGCUGCUGGCCUACUGCCUGCUGCACUACCGCGGAGACGAGAACAUCAAGAGCUUCAUCUGGGACCUCAUCACCCCGAGUGCUGACGGGACCACCAAGACGCUCACCAACCACUCCGGUCUCUCCACUCCAGUCCCUCGGGGCAGGAAGGGCAAGAAGGGGAAGCCCCUGGCCCCGCCUCCACAGACGCCGCGAGCCGAUUGGCUGGCCAGCUGCAACCCGGACCACUUACUGCAGGAGGAGAGCUACAAGAGACACCUGAAACACCACUGUAACAAGGUGCUGCUGCGCGUGAGGAUGCUCUACUACCUGCGACAGGAAGUCAUCGGCGACCAGGCCGAGCGCAUCUUGGAAGGAGCCGACUCCAGUGAGCUGGACAUCUGGAUCCCUCAGCCGUUCCACGCCGAGGUCCCGACCGACUGGUGGGAGAGCGAGGGGGACAAGUCGCUGCUCAUCGGCGUCUUCAAGCACGGCUAUGAGAAGUACAACUCGAUGCGGGCCGACCCCGCCCUGUGUUUCUUGGAGCGGGUGGGCAUGCCCGACGCCAAGGCCAUCGCCGCGGAGCAGAGGGGCUCCGACAUGAUGGCAGAUGGCGUCGAGGGUGAGGAUGAGGAUCCAGAGUACAAGCCCCUGCGGAUGCCUUUCAAAGAAGAGAUGGACGACUUCACCAACUCCCCACUGGACGACAAAGACAACAUCGUGGACGCCGACGCGGAAGUCAAAUUGGGUGAGAACGGCCAAGCGGUGGGCGGAGCCUCUGGCUCCAACGAGCGGCUCUACUGGCCGGCGGGCUCGGCGCUCACCGCCCGCCUGCGCCGCCUCAUCACGGCCUACCAGCGCUCCAACCGCAGGGAGCAGCUCCGCCAGGAGGCCCUCAGCCGGCCCGACGGGCGGCGGCGGCGCCGCAGGGAGUUCCUGCCCGCCGACGGCACGGUUGCCGACUCCGGGGCCGGAGGAGGGGCGACUUGCAUCCAAGACGGAGCGGCGGUCUUCCUGUCGGACGGGACCCAGUACCUGACGAAGGGAGGCGCCUACUUCGCCAAAGGUGGGCCCUUCCUGCCGGAGGCGUCGCCGGUGAUGACCGCCGGCUCGCUGAUGACGGACGGAGCGAUGUACUACAAGGAGCGGCGCCAGCGGUGGACUCGCCGCGAGGAGGCCGACUUCUACCGCGUGGUGUCGACCUUCGGGGUCGUCUACGACACCCAGCACAAGAAAUUCGACUGGGCUCAGUUCAGGGCCUUCGCCCGGCUGGACAAGAAGACGGACGAGAGCCUCGAGAAGUACUACUACUCCUUCAUCGCCAUGUGCAAGCGGGUCUGCAGGAUGCAGGUCAAGACCGACACGGAACUCCCGGACCCAACGCUGAUCAUCGACCCCAUCACGGAGGAGCGCGCCUCCCGGACCCUCUACCGCAUCGAGCUGCUGCGGCGCAUCCGGGAGCAGGUGCUCCCCCACCCGCUGCUCUCGGAGCGCCUGAAGCUCUGCCAGGCGUCCCAGGACCUCCCCGAGUGGUGGGAGAGCGGCCGCCACGACCGCGACCUCCUCCUGGGCGCCUCCAAGCACGGCGUGAGCCGGACGGACUACCACAUCCUGAACGACACCGCCCUCUCCUUCCUGGACGCCCACCAGCGCUUCACGGGCCAGCGGGGGGGCGGCGCGGCGGUUCAGGGCGACGUCGCCAAGGCGGGGACGGGAGCGCCGGAGAGCAACGCCGCCGCGCCCCUCCUCACUGCCGCGGAGCUGGCGAGCGCUGCGGCAGCUGCCAACGUUGCCGUCAUCGCAGCGAAAGAAGAGGAGGAAGAGGGCAGCGAAGGGAAGGAGGUGAAAAUGGAAACUGAGCAAGGGGACGGUGACGACGUUCCACCAAUCAAAACUGAAACCGUUGAUGAACAGAAGGGAAUUGAGGGAGAGGUCAGAGAGGUCAGAGAGGUCAGAGAGGUCGGAGAAGGGAAGGAGGAAAGCGCUGCUUCGCCGAGAACUGAGGUAGAGGAAGAGGAGGACAAGCCAAAAGUGGAGAAUGAGCAGAAGGAGGAGGAGCCUAGCGUAGAAGGAGAGACGAGCUCCAAGCUGGCAGACGGCCAAGACGAAGAGAAGAGCUCGACUCCCGCCGCCUCCCCCAGGGACCAGACGGAGGCCACCGCGGACUCCUCCCCCAAAGACCUGCCGGGCCUCCAGGAGGCCGAGCAGGAGCACAGGGAGGAGGGGCAGCAGCCGGAGUCUCCUAAAUCUCCAAAGUCGGCCGACACCGAGAAAAGCCUUGAGGAGGAGGAGGAGGAGAGGAUGGACGAAGACGACAAAUCGGAGAAAUCCUCUCAGGCUGAAGCGAGCGCUGCGUCCGAGCAGAAGAACUUUGACGAGGAGAGCAUUGCGUCGCUGAGCACAUCGGCCCAAAACGAAACCAGAGACGGGUUCUGCCCCGACGACCUGCCGGAGACGUCCGCCCUUCAGGCCCUGCAGGACCGCGCCUACUCCUUCUGGCCCAAGGAUCGAGUGAUGAUCAACAGGAUGGAUAACAUCUGCGACGCCGUCCUGAAGGGCAAGUGGCCCGUAAACAGGCGCCACAUCUUCGACUUCCCCAGCAACCUGUUGCCGGGGCACGGCUCUGCCGCCGCCACCACCGUCGCCACAGUUACCGAGAGCCCGCUGCAGAGGCGGAGCCUCCCCGAGCUGACGAUGGCCGGCAUCCCCACGGCUUUCAGCGGGACUGAAGAUAAAACACUAUCGCCACAAGUUCACGAGGACGCUCUGAGUCUGACAGCACCUCGCCAGAGGAGGAGGAGGAGGAGGAAGAUCGAGAUUGAGGCGGAGAGGGCGACCAAGAGGCGCAACCUGAUGGAGAUGGUGGCUCAGCUGAGGGAGAGCCACUCUGCCACCGAGUCCCAGAGCCAGGCCAUCGACCUCACCAAGGGCAUGCACCAUCAGCACAAGGCCUCUCCCUCAAUGGCCGGCUUCCCCAGCGCCCUGGUGACCGGCCCCUCCCUCAAGGCCCAGAUGGAGUUGCUGCAGCAAGCCCCGCCCUCCGGACACAGAGCCAACGGCUCGCUGGAGGUCGACCUGCCCAUCACGAGGAGGAGGCGGGGCCGCAGGAAAAAUGUGGAAGGCCUGGAGCUGCUGUUCAUGGGCAACAAGCGAGCGGAGGACGCCGACGGCGCCAAGGCGUCCAGCGCCGAGGGCGUUCGGGACGCCGCCCGGGCCCUCGGGCCCCUCGCCGUCGCCGAGCCCAGCCCCGGCUCCAGGUCCCUGGCCUCCGGCAGCCUGGAGGAGGAGGAGGGGGCGGCGACCAACAAGGAGCUGGGGGAGUGGCUGAGGCAGCACCCCACCUACACCAUGGACAUGGCCGGCUUCACACAGAAGAGCGAGGACGUCCUGUCUCAGUUCUCCAAGCCCAAGCAGAAGCGUCAUCGCUGCCGGAACCCCAACAAGAUCGACAUCAACACGCUGACCGGAGACGAGCGGGUGCCCGUGGUCAACCGGCGCAACGGACGCAAGAUGGGCGGGGCCAUGGCUCCACCAAUGAAGGAGCUUCCCAGGUGGUUGCUGGAGAACCCCGAGUAUUCCAUCGCCCCCGAUUGGACGGACAUCGUCAAGCAGUCUGGUUUCCUCCCGGAGGCCAUGUUUGACCGCCUGUUGACCGGACCCGUCGUCAGGGAGGAGGGCGUCCGUCGUCGGGGGCGACGACCGAAAUCUGAGAUCGCCAAGGCCGCCGUAGCCGCCCAGGCAGCGGCGGCGACGCACGCCGCCCAGGCGUCGCUGGCCUCGGCCGCCUCAUCGGGUGGCCUCAACCCUCUGCUGCUCAGCAGUCUGUUCGGGGGCAUCGACCUGUCGUCGCUGCAGAGCCUCCAGUCCCUGCAGCUCGCCGCCGGUCUGAUGGCGUUCCCUCACCCCUCCGACCCCAAGCAGGCCGCCGCCUCCAUGUUGCCCCUCAUGCUGCCCGGCAUGGGCGGCCUGCCCACCAUGUUCGGCUUGGGCGGCCUCUUCGGCGGGAACCUCGUGACGGUCGCCUCCUCGAACUCCCUCGCCGCCGCGUCUCGGAACACCAACGGGACGACGGCGGGAGACGGCGACGAGACGGCCAAGAGGAAGAGGCGAGAGGGAGACGACCGCGAAGACGAGGAGGAAGAGGAGGAGGCCGACGGGGACGGAGCGAAGAAGCCGAGGAAGAAGGAGAAGUCGUUCUCCUCCGGCGCGGCCGACUCGUCGUCCGACAUGUGCAUGAACGGCGACGCCGCGGCGCUGCUGGCCGCCGCCGGCAUGUCGGCCGGCUCCUUGGCCUUCAACCCGUUCCUCCUCUCCACCAUGGCGCCCGGCCUCCUCUACCCCUCCAUGUUCCUGCCGCCGGGCCUCGGGGGGCUCAGCCUGCCCGGCUUCCCCGGCGCCUCCACCCUGGCCGACCUGCAGAACGCCAUGGCCGGAGCCCUGGGGGGCGGCGCCCUGAUCGCACACACCCCCAAGGAGGAGGAGCUGGAGGAGCUGGAGGAGAAGGCGGGGCUAAAAGCUUCAGGAGCGGAGGACGAAGAGGAGGAGGAGGUGAUGGGGGGAGGAGGAAAGAUUGACUUGGAGGAUGCAGCGGAGGAGACGAGAGGCGACGACUCAGCCCCCGAGGAAGAGGAGGGCGGGGGGAAGGCAGCGUCUCCACAGAAGGAGAAGAGUGACUGAACCGACUGGCCGAGGACAUUUCCUCCUCGCCACGUUUACACGCCUCCGCCAGAAAAACCCAAACUAUCACCGAUCCUGGUUUAUUUUUUGUUUCUCUUCUUUAUUGUUGUUGUUUUCUCUUUGUUUUCACCUCUUUCCAGAGCAGGUUGAUUUGCUGGCGUGUGUUAAGUUAAAUCUCUGAUGGUGUCGUCGGGGACGCUCGGCCGAACGCUGCACUCCAACAAAUAGAAUUCCACAAAGUUCCAGUAGUGCAUUUAUUGUUGUUAUUAUUAUUGCUGCUUUCAGCUCUCAGAUCUUUAUUGUUUGCUUCCCUCGUCGUCUGGAGUGCCGGGUCGGCGGCGGCGUUCUUUCUAAACAUCAAGUUCUCAAAGAAAAUAAACCUGCAUUACGGCCGUCUGACGACGCUGCUGCGAGAGGAAUUGUGGGUAAUGUAGUUGUGGUGGCCGUUCUGGUUCAGAGCAGGCUGUUUUUUUAUUUUGUAUUCUAGUUCUCACAUAUCAGACCAGGUAGACUGAGGAGGUAAAGUGGACUGGACUAGAACUCAAGUCUCACACACACAAACACACCCCCCCCCUGGAGCCCCUCUGUCAUGUGACUGUUUCCCUACUGAACCGAUACUGUUGACCAGUCCCACACUGUCGUUGAGUCUUUCCACUGCCACGUCUGAAUCCUGUGUCUCUUGGCGGCGGCUGGUUCUGUGUCCGGGGGGAGGGGGGGCCGGCGGGCUGGGUCGCCCCCCCCCUCAUCGGGCCGUUCCAUCAGCCGUCCCUGCUUGGAGUUUUUUUCUAUAUAUUUUUUUCUGUGAAUGGGUUCGGAGCGGUGGUCCUCACAGGGAUGUGAUGUUUCAGGUGUUUUGUGUAAGGGGGGUCGGGGGGGGGGGGGAGCACAUGCAAAUGGUUUCUUUUGUAUUUUUCAUUCCUCGGUCGCUGCCACAUUUUUAUUCUAUUUUGUUGUUUUUUUCCUUCAUGUCCCGGUAGUUUCAGACCACGUGCUGCUCCCUAGUGACCUCCUUCUCUUAAGACUGUUUCUCUAGUCACACACACUGACACCGGGCCCGAGACACGGGGCCCCACCGGGGCCGACUUUCCACAUGAAGUUCAACUCGACUUGCAAACGCUUGAGAAAUGCCGGCGGCGCCCGAUUUGUCUCCUUUUUAUUUUUUCUCCCCGAGGCCAGUUCGAGUGUCGGAGGCGACUCGAGCGCCGCAAGUGGUUCAAAUAUUUGAAAGUGCAUUCAAAUAUAUAUAUAUAUAUAUACACACACACACACACACACACACACACACAGUGGCCAGGUCAUGUUAACAUUUGCUAUCACAGCCCAGCAGAGAGAGAGAGAGAGAGAGAGGGACUGAUGGGGGAGAUCCCUUGGAUCUGGAAGCCCCCCCCCCCCCCCCCCUCAAGUUUUUGUUCUCCCGUCUAAUGCUGAGACAGCAAUAACCAAGGCAGCUUUUGAAUGUUCCAACAUCACUCUCCCAACACACACACACACUAUAUGAAUAACCACAAGUGUCGUAUGAAUAGAAAAAACUAAACUAAAAACUGUAAAUGAUGACAAAUACGUACUGCAAUCAAUUUGUCUCACUCUGUUCCUGUUGAUGCACUGGUGUUAAAGAGUUAAAAUUAUCAGGUACCUUUAUUACUUAGCUACUUUUUCUUGAAAACAAUGGACUUUUUGUUACUUUUAGCCAGCAAGCUGAAGAGCAUUACCUCAAAAAUUCUUAUCUAGCCUUGAAGUUUACAGACAUACCAUGUAAAUGUUUUUGUUUUGUUUUUCUUCUUUUUUUUUUUUUGGAUGUUUGUCUUUGUUUUUUGUUUUUUGGAGACAUCAUGUAUGAUGAAUUGUAGCUAUGAUGCUUUUAAUAAAAGUGAAUCAUGAUACUCGCCUAGGAAACCAAA